AUGGAAUGUACACAUUUAUUAGAUAACGUCAAGGCAGAUAAUUUCAACGUUGAGGAUACGACGAUCACAAAGAACUUCAAUUGUUCAGAAUGUGCUGCCGAAGGACAAAACUGGUUGUGCCUGCAUUGCGGAGCAGUCAACUGUGGUCGCUAUAUCAACGGGCAUGCAAAACUUCAUGCAGAGACAUCAGACCACCAGCUCUGUAUGAGCUGUGAUGUCUAUUCAGUUUACUGUUACAAAUGUGAUGACUAUGUAUCAAAUGAUUUGGAAUAUAAUCCGAUAGAUAAAAUAAGACAAAGUAUUAUGCAACUUAGAAGGCAACAUGAUGUAGAAAGUAAUGGUAAUAUGGAACAGAGUGAGGAUAACAGCAAGGAUGGAAGUGAAGGUGGCAACAGUAUGAUGUCUAGUACUUCUGUGUCUGACAAACCAGCAUCCCCAAGCGGGAGUGGGGAUGAUUCCAGGGCUGCAGAAGUUAUAUCUGCAGUCUCUUUUGGUGAUGAACCUAAUCUACCAGAAACAAGUGACAGUAAACCUGCUAAAAGUAUUAAGAAUUCUGAUGAACCAGUGCGUAGUCUAAGACCUCGAUCCCGCAAAAGAACUCACUCUGGCGAUAGCAGCUCAACAGAGAACAGUACGACACAAACACCUAGAAAUAAGGAAAAGAAAUCGUUACCAUGCAAUGGAAAAACUCAAAGAGAAAAGAAAGUAGUAGGAUUAAAAAAUUUAGGCAAUACUUGUUUUAUGAAUGCUGUACUACAGAGUCUUAGUAAUAUACAGGAGUUCAGUUGCUAUUUUAGUCAGUUGCCGUCUUUAGAAAUGAAGACGAAUGGACGCAAAGUGUACCACUCUAGGAGUUAUACACGUCAGGAGAUGCACGAUGUUGUCAUGGCCGAGGAACUUAGGAAGGUGUUAAUAAAUCUGAAUAGUGGUUGUGGUUCGAAGGGUGCAAUCUCCCCGGAAUGUCUGUUCCUUGUGAUCUGGAAGGUCGUGCCCAGGUUUAGGGGAUAUCAACAGCAGGAUGCGCAUGAGUUCCUUCGGUAUAUGUUAGACAGACUACACACGGAGUUGCAGCAGUUGUUGCCGGAGCGCGCGGAGGCGGGCUUCGUGGCGCGGUCGCCCGCCGCCUCCAUCGUCACUGCGGUCUUCGGCGGCACGCUACAGAGCGAAGUACGUUGUUUGGCGUGUGGCACGGAGAGCAAAAAGUUUGAUCCCUUCUUAGACCUUUCUUUAGAACUACCGGAGACUGGGCGACAUGACGCGCCUGUCGCAUUAGCCGACUGUCUGUCGAGUUUCGUACAGGUAGAGGAAUUAGCAGACACGGAGCGGUACUUCUGUAGCAGUUGUAAGAGUAAACAGAAAUCAACCAAACAGUUCUGGAUACGCCGUCUACCCAACGUGCUAUGUUUGCACCUCAAAAGAUUCCGGUGGCAUAACUAUUUUAGGACCAAGGUAGACACGAGCAUUACAUUCCCGCUGCGUGCGUUGGACAUGUCCCGCUUCGUGCUCUCCAACGUGCCCGACACUCGUCGCUCCGGUCUCGGGAACAAUCUCUACGAUCUCGCCGCAGUCAUCGUACACCAUGGCUCUGGAGCUGGUUCGGGUCACUACACAGCGUUCGCGAUCAACGAGGAGCAAUGGUUUCACUUCAACGACCAGACAGUGCGCGCGGCGGACGCGGCGGCGGUGGCGGGCUGCAAGCCGUACAUACUGUUCUACAUCCGACGCGAGCUCGCGCUGCCUGCCUUACCCACCACGUGA